AGUAACCGCUUUUAUCAGGGCGGCACACAAAAGUGCAGUAAAAUGAAUACGGUCAUCAAGUUUUUUGAUAGACAAUAUGGUUACGCAUCAUCGACGUCAUAUGAUUCAGUGUUAACGCGCCUGGCUGUUCAUGAGCAGGACAGCUGGAAAGGCAUUAGUCCUUCCGUGCUGACCGCGGAUUUCAAUCCUGCCCCGCCGAUUUUGGCAGCUAAAUUCGCAAAAUGUGAAGGAUACGAACAUAUUUUGGCUAUCGCUAAUGAAGACGGCAAAGUGGCAAUUCAAGACACUGAUUUGUCCAAUAAGGAACCGGGAGGGGAACGUGCGCUGGAAGGAGAGCAGUGUCAUUUGAAUGCGGUGUUCGAUAUUGAAUGGAUGCCGGGCGAUAUGAAGCUGGUAUCUGCUUCCGGCGAUCACACAGCGCGGCUGUGGGAACUGACAGAAUCACAGCUUGUAAGCAGUCAGGUUUUCAAUGGCCAUUCGCGGUCCGUAAAGACGGCUGCUUUUCGACGAACCGAUCCGGCAGUUUUUGCCACCGGAGGGCGGGACGGUGUAAUUGUGUUAUGGGACAUACGAGCACAGCUCGGUUCAAAUUUGGCUCCAAGAGCUGACAGUUGCAUCUUUAGUGGUCAUGCCGGCGGUCCCGGAACGCCUUCGGCAUACCGUAAGCGAACUAGAGCGACACCAAAGAUACCGCCGAAUGGAUGCAGUAGUAGUAUAACAGGACUCGCGUUUCAGGAUGACAACACUCUAAUUUCAUGCGGCGCUGGCGAUGGUAUAAUUAAGGUUUGGGAUGUUCGGAGGCAUUACAGCAGUCACAAUCGAGAACCGCUACCAAAAUACAGUUUCCCGUAUGCUGGAACAACGACCCUGAAAGGGUUUACAAACCUUCUAAUCGAUGCUACGCGAAAACGGCUUUAUGUGAAUUGCAUGGACAAUCACAUUUACUGUUAUAACAUUUCUAGUUACGCUACGGAACCUAUUCAACGAUACAGUGGUUUCAAGAAUGGAACCUUCUAUAUUAAGUCAUAUUUAAGUCCGGACGGACAAUAUUUAAUAAGUGGAUCAAGUGAUGAAAAGUGUUACAUCUGGAAUGUGAGCAGUUCGAGCCCAUUAGUUCGUCUGAAUGGUCACACGGUUGAAGUGACUAGUGUUGCCUGGAUGCAGUCGCAUAGAGAUAUUCGGAUAGUGACUUGCAGUGAUGACGCAAGGCAUAAAAUCUGGAGAAUCGGACCUGAGCAUAUCGAAUCCGAUGAGAAAUUGAACUACAAGGGAGAGGCCGAAUAUUGCGAGAAAUAUCAUCAAGAAGCAGCUAAGGUAAGACUGAAAUCAUUGGAGUUUACUCCGCGAUCGAUACGGCGGAUUGUGGAGCGUAAUGAAAAGACUCCAAACACGGUUGAGAAAAAGGUUAUCGGAAAGCGAACCUUUUCAGAGAUGGCUGGCUGUGAUCAGCAAGAAGAUCCAUCAACAUCCUGUCUUGAAAUUAAGCGACCAAAUAUUGAAACAAGAGGCCGUAGGUUGUUUAGUCCUGCAAACACGAACAGUAAGUUUUCUGGAUUUGCAGCUUUGGAAAUUGCAUCCACUUCUUCGACCUCUCGAAGUUUGAAUACGAUUUUGGAAGAAAGCGACGAUAAAUCACUGCCCAACUGCAAGUCACCUUUGACAAUGCCAGAUUUAAACCUCAGAUCACCCGAAACAUCGAGCUCCAACCACAAACCACCUACAAGUGGCUUAUCGUCCCCAACCAUCAACCUGCCAAAUUUCGUCAUUGACGGCGAUGCUCCCCAUUUAGUUAAUGUCAAUACAAACAUCGGAGCUAAGCGUAAACUAAAAGAGAAUGUGGACUGGCUAACUAAAAUACGGAAACAAAAACUACUACAAGCUGCAAAAUCCGUCGAAACUGUGUCCUCCUCCGCUGCAUUGGAUGAUGUCUCGUUACUGCAAUCACCACGGUUACAGCAGCUGAAGAUUUCAGAUGAGAGUCCAUCUACAUCCAAUGGUCAUCAGCAUCUACCGACUACGCCUCGUCGAAGGGCAUCCCGGUGCGGUUCGAUUGAUGGCAGUGGACAACCGAAAACACCCCGCAGCAGGCAAAAUUCGAUUAGCAUUAGCCAGGGACGUCCAACUACGCCGGAGGCAUCCAUUCUGAGGUUUCUGAUCAGUACGACACCAAACGGUCCUGCAGGAGGUAGUGCAACUGUAACUAGCAGUUCCUGCGCUGCGAAUCACUGAAUCAAUUGAUUAGACAAUUUCCUAACUACAUGGUUAUAUUCGCUUUAAAUUUCGCUACUUAAAAAACCCGAAUUAAUGCUUUUUAAAAAGUGUUCAAUUUAGCUGAUGUUCGCGUU